AUGGGGUGGUGGCGGCACUGGCGAUAUGGCGGCGGCGACCGUCACGGUGUAGUGACACUCCUCGUGUGCUUCUGUCUGCUCCAGGUGGCGGCCGGCAAGACGUUCCCCCGGGAUGCGGCGGCGCUGAGGCAGCUCAAGGCGGCGCUGGACCCCUCCUCUCUCACUCCGGGGUCCUGCAUCAGCUCCUGGGACUUCGCCGCCGCCGACCCCUGCGACUCCCUAUUCUCCGCCGCCAGCUUCACCUGCGGGUUCCGCUGCGACGCCGUCGACUCCGCCGGCUUCUCCCGCGUCACCGACGUCGCCCUCGACUCCGCCGGCUACUCCGGCAAGCUCUCCCCCGCCAUAUGGUCUCUGCCCUACCUCCAGACGCUGGACCUCCCUGACAACGAGCUACACGGGUCCGUCCCGCUCCCGCCACGCGGCGGCGGCGCCGUCCUCCGGCGGCUCCGCCGGAUGACCCUCUCGCGGAACGCCUUCUCCGGGAAGAUCCCCCUCAGCGAGCUCCCUGCUCUGGAAGAGCUCUUCCUCGACGGCAACCGCUUCUCCGGGCCCAUUCCCUCCCCGCCGCCGCUCCGCUCUCUCCGGCGACUGGAAAUCCAGAUGAAUAAUCUCUCCGGCGGCCUCCCGGAGCUCGGAUCCAUGCCGGGCCUGCUCUACCUCGACGCCAGCGACAACCUCCUCUCCGGCGAUCUGCCCCCCUCGUUGCCGCCGUCCCUGGUGCAGCUCUCGCUCCGCAAUAACCUCCUCCGGGGCCCCCUCGCCGGCGACCUCGUGGAGGCGCUUCCCAACAUGCAGGUCCUCGACCUCAGCCACAACCGCAUCUCCGGCGAGCUCCCGGCGGCGCUCUUCGCCCACCCGGCCCUGCAGCAGCUCACCCUCUCUCACAACCAGUUUACCGCUCUCCCGCCGCCGCCGCGGUGGUGGUGGUGGCACCCGGCGCCGAUGAGUAGCCAGCUCGUGGCUGUGGAUCUGGGGCACAACCUGCUGACGGGCAUGCUGCCGCUGGGCAUGCUGACCGCUAUGCCGCGCCUCACGGCGCUGGUGCUGGAGGACAACCGCCUCUCGGGGAUGAUCCCGCUAGAGUACGCCUUGAGGGUGGUGGCGGGCCUCGUCGGCGGCGGCGCCGCCGGGGUUGCGCCGUUGGCGCGGCUGGUCCUUGCGGGGAACUACCUCUGCGGGCCUAUCCCGGGCCCCCUGACGGCGAUGAAGGAAGGGGACGCGCUCGUCUCACUGGCGAACAACUGCCUCCUCAGCUGCCCGGAGAUCUUCUUCUUCUGCCAGGGCGCCGCCCAGAAGCAGCCCCAAGUCUGCCAUAUCUUUAACCCCCUCGUCCCCUGA